AUGGGCGUCUACAAUGUCACCACGGUGACUCAGUUCAUCCUCAUCGGGCUGUCUGACCUCCCUGAGGUGCGCUACCCUCUCUUUGUUAACCAGUACUAUUGUGACAUCCCACCAGUGGUGGCCCUGUCUUGUUCAUCCACCUACGUGUCUGAAAUGCUUGUUUUAGUGAUAGGUGGUAUCUGUGGGUUCAUUUCUUUCCUGACCACCUUGAUCUCCUACGUCUACAUCAUCUCCACCAUCCUGAAGAUCCAGUCUGCAGAAGGGAAGCGCAAAGCCUUCUCCACGUGUGCCUCCCACCUGCUGGUGGUCUGCCUGUUCUACGGCACCGCCAUCUUCACCUACAUCCGCCCCUCCUCCAGCCGACACUCCCCUGCCAGAGACAGACUCAUCUCCAUGCUCUAUGGGGUCAUCACGCCAAUGCUCAACCCCAUCAUCUACAGCCUGAGGAACACGGAGGUGAAAAGGGCCCUCGCAAGGGUUGUGUGUGGUAGAACGACUUCACAGUAA